AUGGAGUCCUCAAACGCCAUUGAUUCAUUGCAAAAGAUACACCACCAGAAACAGGCCAUCUGUAUCGCCGGUGUCAAUCGUAUGCGCGAUCUGUGGGACGAAAUGUUCGACACCAACCUGUGUUUGGCCUAUGCCAAGCAGCUGUCGGACCACAUGACGGCGUUUUUCGACGAGAUGUACCAGGAGAGCAACCAGCGCCGGGAGCGCUUCGUGGCCGAAAUAGACGUGCUGAGGCAGCAGCGCCUGGAUUUGCAGCGCCUCCUGGCGUUCCGCACUGGACGCGAGCAGAUGCAGCAAAAGCUAAGCCAGCGGUACGAAAUCAUCGACGAGUAUCUGCUCGAGAUGGAAACGCUGUGUGAAGAAAGCUUGAAGCAGCACAUCGACGAUACGCGCCGCAAGCUGGAGCGGCUGAGGCAGUUUCUUGAAACCGAUCCGGCCAUCGUGGAAAAGUUCGAAAAGCUAACCUCCUACACGCAGAUCACCUUCGACAAGCUGCUCGCCGAGCACGACCGGUGCGAAACGUUGCGGCGGGAAAACAUGAAAUCGUUCGUGGAGCGCACCCGGUGCGAUAUCGUCGAAUGGUGGAAACGGUGCAUGAAGUCGGAAGACGAGCGUACCCGGUUCACCAAGUUCCACUCGCAGGACUGCAACGAGGAUAUGCUGAAGCUGCACCAGCUCGAGCUGGACUGUUUGAAGCAGUUUUACGGCGAGAGUGAGCAGAUCUUCCAGAUGGUGCUGCAGCGGUAGGAAAUGUGGGACCGGAUGCUGGCACUCGAGAACAAAUCGAACGACCCGACGCGCUACCACAACCGGGCCGGCAAGCUGCUGCAGGAGGAAAAGGAGCGGCGACACUUCAGCUGCCAGCUGCCGAAAAUUGAGGCCAAGCUGCUGGAGGUGUGCAAGCAGUACGAGGAGGAGCAUGGGCGUAAGUUCACCGUGUACGGUACGCCGGUGCAGGAGCUGAUCAAGCAGCAGUGGAAGCAGCGGGAGAAGAGCAAGUAUCAAAAAUGGAGCGCACGGAAGAAGGCGAACUGCGUGCUGGGUGUGCCGACGGUCGGGAGCACCUCGUACCGGGUCGCCGAUUUUGAUGGUCAAAUGCUCCUCCAUUAUGAGCAGCAAUCGGUUGCGGCUAGUGACCGGCAGUGGUUCGACGCUAAACCAUUGCUGACAUCGUUGGUAACGGCAUCGGCCACCAAAUACGGGCCCUGUCUGAACAGCAAGCUGGCCACACCGACCAACAGCAAGAAGCACGCGAAACGCUCACUGCUGCCGGAGCUAAACAGUCCUUCGGUCGAGGUCAUCAGCUCGACGGAGAGCACCAUCCUGCAGGAAUCAGAUUGUUACGAAGAUAUUAAGACCUACUUCGAAAAUAAUGUCCUUAACCGCUCAUCGGUGGUGUCGUAA